AUUGACAUCUAAUGAAAUUCAAGUCUUUGAAAUCUGGAAUAACUCCGCAGCCAUAGUAAGGUCGAUAAAUGGCGGUUACUCAUUCGAGCCUGUGUUGUUUCAGCAAUCGUGCCACAAACUCUGUCGCAACUUACCGCCUUCGACUACGAAACUUAGCCACCUCUAGACAGUCACGAUAUGGAACAGCUGAAUGGAUGACAUGUUGCAUUUCAAUAACUCUAACUAUUCCCAUUGAUUUUUCUGGGUGAAAAAUAUUCAGCUCUGCACCCCAACCAACUACCGCAAGCCUCAUUCCUCAGCUCAACGCCUCAAGACACCUUACCUAAUCCUCCGUCAACCACUACCACCGCCAUUUAUCACUUCCAUCAGCAAACCUCACGCGCACACGCACCAGAAUGAGCAGCCACGAUGGGUUUCCCCGGGCUGCUCACCUCCAGUUCUACCGAUAGAACCAGAACACCCUCUGUCCGGUCCAAGUCGAGCGACUCCAACCUUGUUCAGCCCGAGUACAUCUACGACGAAGCCCAACUACCAUGUCCGCCACCCGAGAGACCUGACCUGCGCGAACUCAACAGCAGCCUCGAGGCUCUGGCCGCUGUGUUUCCCGAUAUCCAGAUCGAAGUGUUUCGCGAGCUGUUGUCGAAUUUCGACGGCGAGUCAAGGCUCGCUCUUGUGGCCGAUGCACUGCUCAAGAAUAGAGUGACGUGGGUCAAGGGUCGGUGGAGAGUUCUGGACAAAGAGACCGCUCAACCGGAUGCGAUACCUAAAACAGAGGUGUUCAAGAGCAGGGAGUACAAAAGAGCCGUACAAAAUCUGGCAUGGCAUGAGUUUAAAGGCUUGUCGCGGUCUACCAUAAACGCCGUUCUUGCCGAGUCCAACUAUUCCUACCUCGAAGCCCGCCAGACCCUCGUCACUUUAUCCUCCAAAUCAUGGCGUUUCACAAUAUCAUCGCUGUUUUUCAGAAGGAAGCCUAUCGCUACGGGCGAGGCAGAGAAUCACCCGCUGGUAUCGUGGCGCUCAACCGGUCAGGGCUCCAUUACUCCCACCAUUCGAGCCACAGGUAGCGCGGAACUGGACCGCGAACUGUAUGACACGUUGGUGGCGCCGUUGAAAGAAAAGGACAGAAGAGACAGAGAGGAUAGAGACAGGGGGCUUGCAGUCAUACUCAACAACGAGGAGGCCGAAAAGGCAGAUGCAACGCACGAGUGUGUCUGCUGCUUCAUAUCAGCAGCCUUUGAGGAGUUUACCCACUGCAACCGCGAGGGCCAUCUCGUCUGCUACCGAUGUGUACAGCACUCCAUUAAGGAAGCAGUCUUUGGGCAAGGUUGGCAAAGUAGCAUCAACCCUGAAACGGGAACGCUCAAAUGCCUCUCUUCAGACGGCGAUGGAUGUCCUGGACAUAUCCCGCCAGAUCAUAUCCGCCGUGCCAUGGAGGAGGAAAAGAUGGGAGCAGAAAUUCUGCACAGGCUUGACUGUCGACUAGCAGAGCACAGCCUUCUGGCAUCUAACCUCCCUCUAGUGCGGUGUCCCUUCUGUGACUAUGCCGAGAUAGACGACAUAUACACGCCAGCGCACGAAUCUGCUCUUCGUAUCAAGUCGGAUAGCAUCUACAACCUUUUUUUCCUCGUUCUCUGCAUCGGUACCCUCCCGUUCGUCUUCCCGUUCGUCCUCAUUUCCUCAUUCAUUUGCCUCCUUCUCAGCACACAGCAGUCCUUUAGCGACUACAUAUCAGUGGAGUGGUCCAAAGCCCUCAACCGUCACCGUCGUCGUCGUCGCGGUACCAAAUUUACCUGCCAAAGCCCCAGCUGCGGCCGCAUGUCGUGCCUCUCAUGCCACAAGUCUUGGAAGGAUAUCCACGUAUGCAACGAAUCCUCCCUCGUCGCCCUACGCACACAGGUCGAGCAGGCCAUGAGCAUGGCUAUAAAGCGCGUCUGUCCCCGCUGCAACACAUCUUUCGUCAAGAAUGCAGGUUGCAAUAAACUCACGUGUCCCUGCGGCUACAAGAUGUGCUAUGUCUGUCGCGCCGACCUCACUGAUGAAGGAUAUCGCCACUUUUGUGAUCAUUUUCGCCCAGAAGGUGAUGCCACACCCUGCAAGGAGUGUGACAGGUGCAAUCUCUGGGAAUCUGAGGAUACAGAGCAGGUUUUGCAAGCCGCGCGCGAAGAGGCUGAGCGCAAGUGGAAAGACAUGGAGAACCGAGAACUAUCAGGCACUGAGCGGGCGUUCCUUGAAACGGGCGUUGCGGCGAAUAGGAUGGACGUAAGUGUUGAGCGUGUUCUCUUCAGCGGCCGAAUUCCCGCUCUUUCGGAAGUGUUGGAUCUGGUCGUAGAAACGCUUUUUGUUUAGGGAUAUGGUCACUUCUUCUCUUUCUCUUUUCGAGUAACGGCGUACAACAAGAUGGUUCAAUUAAGCCUCAUUGUGACUUCAGGCGCAGGCUUAACGACUUCCACAAAUAUAAACAUCAGGAUGGGCACGGGGCGUCUUUUGGUUUAGAAAUUUAAGAAAUUGGUAUUGAAUUCGGCAUAUAAGAUUGGGCAGAACAGGACAUGAUAAGAAUCACAUCACUCAACUACAAUACAAACUUUAUGAUAGUACAUGAAUAUCCCAUUGCAGAAA